AUGGAUGUGAACAUUGCUCAAACGUCUCUUGAUGAAGAGACAGUUGAAGCACAAAAUGCUCUCGUCGAUGCCACUGAUUUUCAUGAGAAAAUAUCGGAGAGAGGCGUUCACUGCGUUUCGAAUUGUCUUCGACCACUGCUUUUUCUUUUUCGAAUUCUCGCUGUAUUUCCGACUUCUUUGGAUAGAAAUGUUCGACGAAAAAGGAAUCAUUCAGCUAUUAUCAAGUGCAUUCUCUAUGUAAAUUAUAUCAUAAUCGCUGUUUUAAUCAACAUGUUUCUUAUAAAAAUGAAUUUGCGGAUAUUCUGGCUAUUUAAGGAGCGAUUUGGAUUGAUGCAUACAGGUACUGUGGCCAGUGUCAUAACUGGCACCAAACCGGUGAUUAGUGCUACUGUCAUCGUAUUCUCGGCGCUAAAAUUUCGGUCGCAUCAGAAACUGCUAAAGACAGUCGACAUGGUUGAUGUGUGCUUCAGAAGCGCAUUCAACGUCUCGCCACCACUUCGAAUAUACAAAUUUAUCAUCUUCUUCAUUCUACUUAUCGUCAUUAUUUCUUCGCUUUCGCUGAAAGUCACUGAGCACAUUUUGACCGAUCAAAAACUCGGAGAUUCGCUGCUGAUGGAUGCCUCAUUCAUUCUUGUUCCAAUUCUGACACUAUGGAAUACAAUUCCACUUCUUUAUUAUAAUCUAUUCAAUAUUCUUGUUCGAUUCUAUUGCCGAACUUUAAUUCGAUCAAUGAAUAAGGAGCACAAAAUACGUCAUUUCAGUUUGAAAUUUUACUAUGAGCAAUUCAUUCGGAUUACCAAUGUUCAAGAAGCAAUCGGCGACGUAUUCAAUCCAUUGCUUUUAUUCUCACUCGCGUGGUCAUUAUUCGUCCUUUGCCUCACCAUUUAUUUCUUAUCCGAAUCCACAUCGAAUCUUCGUGUGCCCAUAACCGAAGAGCAAGUCACUAAUGAGAUUCUCCGCAAUCGUCUCAACAACUCGGUGUUCGUUUUUAUUUGUUGGUCGACGUUCCAAAUUGUUAUGGCUAUUUUGCACAUCGCCGUCAUUUGCUCAACCGGAUUUAUGACCAAUGAAUGCACUCGACAAAUCGUCAACGCAGUCCUUCGAAUUGUUCCUGAUGCGAACGCAGAUCUUGAUAGAUUUCAAAUAUCAUGUUUUGUACAUAAAAUGACCACCCAAUUCAUGUGGGGAAUGACCGUCUGGAGGGCUUUUCCUCUUGAACGAACUACGUUUUUCACUCUGAUAUCUGUGAUCGUCACCUACUCUCUGCUACUAUUUCGGUUCAAAGAUGAUCUGGUUGUGAACCAUCCGACAAUUCUGAUCCUCAAUUCAACGUCCGUUCCGCCAUCCGGCUGA